AUGGCCUCCAUGGGGAUGCAGGUGCUGGGCAUCGCCCUCUCUGUCAUCGGCUGGCUGGCCUCCAUCCUGUGCUGCGCGCUGCCCAUGUGGCGGGAGACGGCCUUCGUGGGGAACAACAUCGUGGUGGCGCAGAUCAUCUGGGAAGGGCUGUGGAUGAGCUGCGUGGUGCAGAGCACGGGGCAGAUGCAGUGCAAGGUCUACGACUCCAUGCUGGCCCUGCCGCAGGACCUGCAAGCCGCCCGUGCCAUGGUGGUGGUGGCCAUCGUCCUGGCCAUCCUGGGCACCCUGCUGGCCGUCACCGGCGGCAAAUGCACCAAUUGCGUGGAGGAUGACACCGCCAAAGCCAAGGUCAUGAUCUUCUCCGGCAUCAUCUUCAUCGUCGCCGGUAUCCUCAUCCUCAUCCCCAUCUCGUGGUCAGCCAACAGCAUCAUCCAGGACUUCUACAACCCGCUGGUCUCUGACUCGCAGAAGCGGGACCUGGGCUCGUCCCUCUACGUGGGCUGGGCGGCCUCGGCGCUGCUGCUGCUCGGGGGGGGGAUCCUGUGCUGCACCUGCCCCCCCCGCGGGGAGAAGCCCUACUCCGCCAAGUUCACGGCUGCUCGCUCCUUGCCAGCCAGCAACUACGUGUAG